AUGUCUAAAAAUGAUUCAGUGGUUGGUGGUGAAUCCUUAAUGCGAAAGAUCAAUGAACAGGUGAUUAUAGUUCAGGUUUUGGUAGCAGCUUUCUUGUGCAUCAACUUUUCGCUGAUCACAACCUUUUUUAUGAAGGAUUUCUUCUAUACAUCCAUGCGCUACAUCUUAUUUGCCAAUACAUUACUGUCUGAUUGUUUGAUUUUAAUUGUGACAAAUCUCUUGCUUAUUCUGAGCUAUUUUAAUGUUACUAUUCAGAUGUGGUUGUGUCUUAUUAUAUUUGCAGUGUCAUCUCUGUAUAAUUUUGUCACACCAGUUACUCUGACAGCAAUGACUCUGGAGCGCUAUGUGGCCAUUUGUAUGCCCCUGCACCACGGAGAGCUGUGCUCCACACGCAGUGCUUUGCGCUGCAUCCUUAUCAUUCAUGGACUCAGCUCUAUACCAGUCACUGUCAUUCUCUCCAUUUUCUUUGCCUCUGUCACCCUUAACUUUUUCAAACAAUAUGCAGUAUGUAGAGUAGAGAUGUACAUUUUGUACGCUUGGCAGGGUCAUCUUAGGUCAGCAAUAAGUCAGUUUUACUUCUUGAUCAUGUUUAUUACUAUUGUGGUCUCCUAUGUUAAAAUAAUGAAAGUGGCCAAAGCUGCAUCAGGAGAGAACAAGUCAACAAAGAAAGGGCUCAGAACAGUGCUUCUUCAUGGUUUCCAGCUGCUGCUCUGUCUCAUCCAGUUGUGGUGCCCGUUCAUAGAAGCUGCUGUACUUCAGAUUGAUUUAAUGUUAUUUAUUAAUGUCAGGUACUAUAACUAUAUAAUGUUUUAUCUUGUUCCAAGAUGUCUGAGUCCUCUCAUUUAUGGCCUCAGGGAUGACAAGUUUUUUCUUGCACUGAAACACUAUGCUCUCUGUGGCUUGUGCAAGAGCAAAUCUCCUAGAUUUUACCAUAUGACAAAUUAAAAGUGCCCCAGAAAUAACUGUUU